AUAUGAUAUUGUUACUUUCACUUUGUUAACUGAUUUUAUGUGAACUUCUGUAAAGUCUUUAAGCUGUCAAAGGUAUUUGGAGAAGUUAAGGAAUCUGACAGCUAUAUACAAAUUAAGUUGUCCAUUAUUCUUUCGUGUAAGAAAGUCUGAAAGUCCACCUUCCCUCGUUGUCACCGUAGCCAUCACCGCGCAAAGAAGACAUACAUCCCCUCCACUUAUGUUAACUGGCUUUCACCCAAAAGGCACUCGUUCAUCUUGAGCAAAUUAGCUGGGGUCAAACACGGUAGCUCUGGUCUCACAUUUCACAAGGAUAAGCCUUAAAAUGUUAAUGCACUUUGUUUUCACAAGCUACACACUCUUAAAUAAUGCACUGGUCGUGCUGUUCUAUAGAGUCUAAAGUCUGUGAUCAAAUGUCCGCACAUCAAGCAGGAACCAAAUUAAGGUGGCAGUGUAAGAGUCAAAUACACCUUCCUGACCCUUUUCUGCAUUCAUCCCUAUUGUGUUAUUAAACUACAGCUUAUUGUGUGCACUUGUUGCCUUAUUGAAGCUGCAGUGUAAACAGCGUUUCAGAUGGGACAUCUGUGGUUUGCAUUAUAGAGUAGACAAGGUCUUUUAUGGACCUUUAGUUGCAGAGCUGAGUCCUGAUCGAUUUGAUGCAAGGCAUCGCAAUAAGAUCUGGAGCAGAUUAUCACUCACCGCACACCAUCUUUGCAUGUCGUCAACAGCUGUGGAGCAGUUUUCAGAACACGAGAUGUCACAGUUUUGAAAGCGUUUCAAUAUUCAAAGCACGCAAAUGCGUGUGUCAUCACAGGAAGUUGUGGCUAGUCCCUUUCCUGUUCUUGAACCCGAGUACAGAAACUUCCCUUCCUCAGCGAGGGGAGUCACACUGUUUUGUACGUCUGUCACCGGUUGGCAGUUGUCACUGUGUGCGAGUGGAGGCAACAGGUGACUAGUCCAGACAGUUGGAGCGUGGCAGCAUCUGUGGCUACGCAGUGUGCUUGCCGGUAAUACGCGAGAGGGUUCAUGGAGAACGAGCCGGGUAUCGUGUCUCCGUUCAAGCGAGUCUUCCUGAAAGGAGAGAAGGGGAGAGACAAGAAGGCCCAGGAGAAGACCACCGAGCGCAGGGCACUCCACACCUUCUCACUCUCUCAGCCUGACCACCGUAUUGACCCCGACAUCCUGCUUAAUGACUAUAUUGAGAAGGAAGUCAAAUACUUGGGACAGCUGACAUCAGUUCCAGGAUACUUGAACCCAUCAAGUCGCACUGAAGUGCUGCAGCUCAUCGACAAUGCAAGGAAGUCCCAUCAGUUGACAAGCCAGCUGACCUCAGAACAGGACGCAGUGGUGAGCUUGUCAGCGUACAACAUUAAGCUUGUGUGGCGCGAUGGAGAAGACAUCAUCCUGAGAGUGCCCAUCCAUGAUAUCGCUGCUGUCUCCUACAUCAGGGAUGACUCUUUGCACCUUGUGGUGAUCAAAACGGCCCAGGAGUCGGGAGGUUCUCCAUGUCCCAGCUCGUGUCCUGAUCUCAACAAGUCUCAGACCCUGAGCUCUUUAUCGGAGAGCGGAGCCGUGCUUGUGGAAGUCUGCUGUUUGCUUGUGCUGGCUGUUGAUAACAAGGCAGCAGCAGAGGAGCUGUGUCUCCUGCUCAGCCAGGUCUUUCAGAUUGUGUACACAGAAUCAACUAUCGACUUCUUGGACAGAGCCAUUUUUGAUGGAGCGACUACGCCUACCAGACACCUUUCUCUCUACAGUGAUGAUUCUUCAAGUAAAGUGGAUAUUAAGGAGGCCUUUGAAGAAGAAGAAGCCAGCACAUUCCCUUUUCAAGUCUCUAUGGAGGCAGAAGGAAACUCUCCAUCAGCAUCGACCCCGGCGUCCCCUCAGACGAAGACCGCGAGUGAAGGAGAGCUCAGCACCACUGCUGCCGAGCUGCUGCAGGACUACAUGACCACACUGCGCACAAAGCUCUCAUCGCAGGAGAUCCAGCAGUUUGCCACCUUGCUCCAUGAAUACCGUAACGGGGCCUCAAUUCAUGAGUUCUGCAUUAACCUGCGACAGCUCUAUGGGGACAGCAGAAAGUUCCUUCUACUUGGCCUGCGACCCUUCAUACCAGAGAAGGACAGCCAGCACUUUGAGAAUUUCCUCGAGACCAUCGGGGUGAAGGACGGCCGCGGCAUCAUUACAGACAGCUUUGGUCGUUACCGACGCACAGCCAGCUCUGCCUCCGAUUCCACCACCAACGGCAACGGAGCAGCGGGAGGCAGCGCAGCCUCAGACGAGGGCCAGGAGGCCCCCGAGGGAGACGAAUGGGACCGCAUGAUCACUGACAUCAGCAACGACAUUGAAGCUCUCGGCUGCAGUAUGGACCAGGAGGGAGUGACACCCUGACACACGAUGAAUAAAGGGAGGUAUUUUUUGCAGGAGCUGAGGACUCCUAAUGGCAGCCACUCCUCAAAUGAACAGUAGGCACGAGCUGAGCAGAUCAGAUGAAGGGGGUCCUUAGCACUGACCUAAGAUUUUCGUUUAUUGUAUUUUCCUCUAAUUAUCAAGAGGAUGUUUUAUUUUCCCUACGCACUCAAGGAAAACCUCAACCUAUUACCACAAAAACAUGAAGUCAACAAAUGCACUUAUGCAGUCCCUGUACAUGACAAGCAGUUAGUUGGCUAUUUUUGCAAUUCGGAGGGAUUCAUAGCCUCUGAGAGAGAGAGAGAGAGAUAUAUUUUUUUUCUUCUUUUUUACGUUUCUUUGAUUUUGUACUUUAUUGGCAGUAUCUGCCACGGCUGUCAGCAAUGUAGCGAAUAGCUCCCUUUGAGAUUAUUUCAGUCUCUUGAAUACCAUCAAAGAUGUUUUCAAAGCUUAAGACUGAGGCUGUACUUGUUUGUGCUAUCGUAAUACUAUAGGUCACUCGGCUUCAUCCACCAGGAGAACUUUGGUUAUUUUCAUGUAUUUCAUAUUCUGUUCAUCCCUGUGAGAGCGUAACAUUUUGCUAUAUUUAGUUUUUAGUAAGAUUUGUGUACCACUUUGUUUCACAAUUUUUAUAUAUAUAUAUAUAUAUAUAUAUAUAUAUAUAUAUAUAUAUAUAUAUAAAAAUUGUAAAAACAAAAAUUAUUAUUCAAUUAAAGCGAUUGAAUGGUGACUGUAUUUGACAAAGCCAUUUAGGUUAUGGCUGAUGUAAAUCUGUUUUUUGUUCUCGUGCAGGUCAUAUGUCUUGUGUCAUUACAUUUAUCUGUCAUUGUGCCUUUACACUGCAGUACUGCAGCCAUCUGUCUGUCACACAGAGACGGGUAAUUAUGUACUGUAACUACAGUCGUUGAGCAAAUCAUGGUUAUUAAAUAACAGCUAUUUUA